GCCCGGGUUGGGGGCCAUAGAGGCCAAUGAUGGAGGGCGGGGGUACAAAUCCGGAAUGGACUAUUCCAGGGCUUCAUACAGCAGUCGCCUAAAGGCACACCGUUCCUGUUUGGGACCCCAGAGAUGUAGGACCCAGGACUGGAAGGGGGACACUAGGGGAGUUGGCAGGCCUGAAUUCCCAGGGACCUCACCCACAUUUUUUCAUAACCUUUUUUAUUUUUAAUUGCCCUGCUCCUGUACCCUCCCCCAUCCUAGGGGCUAAGCAGCGGCUGAUUCGUACGGGGAGGUGGGCACAUUCCUUUUCCACCUAACCGAUCUGAGCUUGAGAAACCCCUCCAACCAGGCCUCCUCUCCCUGGGGGAAGAGGAAAGUAGGAAAGAGUGGGGAGCGAGGCAGGGCCUCAUCAUUCCAUAGCUCUGGAGCCAUGGCCGAUUCCCUGGGCCUCCCAGAGGGCUCCCGCCCUCCUCCGGCUUUCAGUGUCAGGAGACUGAGGAUGAGGACACCUGCCCCAAAGGCCCCAAAAAGGAAGACUGGGCAAGGGGAAGCAGAGAUGCUGGGAGGACAAAGUGUAGGAGGUAACGGGGAAAGGAGGUGUGGGUUCAGCCUGGGGUUGUGAAAACCACUGCGGGGAGGGUGUUUGUUGGCCUUCAUUCACUCACCAGCCACACAGCCACAUUGUGGAGCCAUGUCCCUAGCACCUCCCCCAAACUCCAAAGGGAACCCACACACACAACCCUGAAUUUUGUACUUGAGGAUUCUGCCCCACAUCCCAUCUGCAAAGGCCGGUUUGGAAGUAACCUGCCUCCAUCAGGCAGCCCCACAAGUUGUCAGGGGGCACUCCUUGUGGGCCUCAGAGCUAACCACUGCCCUAGCUCAGGAGCCUGCCCCUCAGCCUCCACAAUGGGAACUGACAUCCCAGCAACCCCACCCUAUUGGCUUCUCAUUCAGUGCUGUCAUGUGCUCGUGUCCUGGUUUCCUCUAGACUCAUUCCUUUUCCCCAUCCCACCCCAAAGGGAAUCUACAGGCCUUAUUACCUCUAUGUGGCCUUCAGGGUGGCUGCUUUUCUGUGACCUGAGGAAGACUACUAAGAGGCAUUGCUCUUCUUCCUUCCCAACCUAUGUCCCGUCUGUGACCCGUAAUGGAAUCAUCAGCCAAGGCCUUGAGCCUAGGGCCCUUCCUAAAGCCUGAUUUUGGAGGAGUUGACAUGGAAGAAUAAAUAUUUUUGCUUCUUCCAGGGCCUCCUGCCCCUGUGCCUUCUGGUCCCCAGGGCCACAAUAGUGCCUCUAACUGCCAGGUUGAGUGUCAUGUUAGGUAGUGUCAGGUUCUUUUGCCAAGCUGACCCUACCCAACCUGGCUCUGAGACAAGAAGGUAAGGGCUUCUCUGAGGUAGAAGGUAAGGGCUGAUGGGUUGAAUAGCAUGAGGCCAAAAGGAAGAUGGCUCCCUGGCAGUGAUUGGACCCACACUCCGCAUGACAUGCUUGUCCAUAACCAAGGACCAUGACUGAAGGGACCACAUUGGACACUCUGGCCCCUGGGUCUUUCUGGGCCACCAGGGCUGAAGAGGAAAUGAACAGUGGAAGAAGAGGUGCAUCUCCCUUGCUGGCUGAGUCCCCCAUACUUACAAGUCUCCUGAGUCUUGACAGCUUUGACCUUAACCCCUAACAAGACUGCAUCAUUCCUGCUGAUGUGGCUCUCUGGAGUUCUGUCCCUUUUCCCCUUACCUACCCAGGGGCCGAUGCAGAGCUGGGAGGGAGAGGGGCCCAGUAACUAUGCCUGCCUCCCUAGGCUCAUCUUUGGCACCCUGUACCCAGCCUAUUCUUCCUACAAGGCCGUGAAGACCAAAAACGUGAAGGAAUACGUGAAAUGGAUGAUGUACUGGAUCGUCUUUGCCUUCUUCACCACAGCUGAGACGCUGACGGACAUUGUGCUCUCCUGGUUCCCCUUCUAUUUUGAGCUCAAGAUCGCCUUUGUGAUAUGGCUUCUGUCCCCUUACACCAAGGGCUCCAGCGUACUCUACCGCAAGUUUGUGCACCCAACAUUGUCCAACAAGGAGAAGGAGAUCGAUGAGUAUAUCACACAGGCCCGGGACAAGAGCUAUGAGACCAUGAUGAGGGUAGGCAAGAGAGGCCUGAACCUGGCUGCCAAUGCCGCAGUUACAGCUGCUGCCAAGGGCCAGGGGGUGCUGUCAGAGAAGCUCCGGAGCUUCAGCAUGCAGGACCUGACGCUGAUCCGAGAUGAGGAUGCACUGCCUCUGCAGGGACCCGAUGGCCGCCUCCGACCUGCUCCUGGUGGCCUCCUGGACACCAUUGAGGACUUAGCUGAUGACCCUUCCCUGAGUAUAAGGUCUAGCACAAACCAGACAGAUCCCCGGACAGAGACCUCAGAGGAUGACAUGGGAGACAAGGCCCCCAAGAGGGUCAAAUCCAUCAAAAAAGUGCCCAAAACUGAGCCACUGGCUUCCAAGACACUGAAGACCAGGCCCAAGAAGAAGAGCUCUGGUGGGGGCGACUCAGCUUGAGGGUCCCAUGUCCCCAGGCUGUGGAGCAAGGAGGGAGCCCAAGGAAGGGCCACAGCCCUAGCCCCUACGCUAUACUGUGCCACCAGCCUAAGUGUCUCAGGCUCUGGGACCCCCUCAGAUAGCCAUUCCUGAGGCCCACCCAGUGGCCACUCCUCUGGAGGGGGCUUGGAAAAGAGGAGAGAGGCCCAGCUGUGGGGGUUGCAGGUAGAGGCAGCCCCAGAACUGAGUACUGAGCUCCCAAGGAAGCAGGGGCUCCUCAGCUCACACUGCUCUUCUCCCCACUCUAGUCUUGCCCCACCCACCCAGUGCCUUGCUGAAGACCAUGGCCAUCCCCUUCUCUGAGGCCCUGACAUGCCACCAUGUUCUCCCUGGAAUGGGAAUUGGGGGCAUUCACAGCCAGAUGAACCAAGGAAGGGCCUGAAGGCACUGGGAGAAAGGGAGCAAAUAGGCCAGUCCUUGAGGGACCUGGAUGGGGCUUCUAGGCACAGCUUGAGUGAAGAAUAUGGGUUUUGUGUGGGUUUAAAUGACUGGGAUGCCCUGGCCAGAACUGCAUCUGGUAGGGCCGUGUGCUACGUGUCUCCACCAAAAAAAGAGGUGGGGUUUCAACGUGUGAGUGUGUGUGUUUAUUUUAUUGGGUUCAGGACUGGGGCCAGUUUGGUGAAGGACUCUCCCUCCAGUGGUCACCUCCUUCUGCUCUCAGCCAUGGCCUUUCCCCCUUUUGACUCUCCCUGCUAGUCUCUGAGCCUCAGAGGAUCCCAGCCCAUGACAGGAUGGGUCUCUAUGGGACCUCUCAACUCCCCUUCUGUCCUUGAUCCUUUUUGCCUCGCCAACUGCUGCCCUGACUCCUCCAGACCCCAGGUCACUGCAGAGCCCCUGCUGAACUGGCUCCUUCCUCUUCCCACUGGGUCCUUCCUUGCCCCAGGCCCCUUUCUUAUGCCAAGCAGACCCCUAUCAGAGCUCAGCCUCCAACCCCACCCCACCUCCCACUUCUGCUGUGGCUUCUGUCAGGGCCAGGAGGAACCUGUGACAAGAGAAAUACAGGAGCUGAGAGACUCUCAAUUCCUUGGAAAGAUGGUGCCCAUUGGACCAUCUUAUUUGGCACUGGAUGAAUCAAUAAACCAAAUUCUGGCACCUCAUUUAUUUUGGCCUCUGU